GGAAAGUACUCUGAAACUCCAGAGGUCGCCUUCACCGGAAAUAGAAAAAAAAUUACCGCCGUACGAGUAGACCGAGUUUCCAAAGACAACAAUAACUUCGUUUAUCAAGUCCGACUGAUCAAACCAUGCCAAGACGAAAGCGUCAGUUAGAGUCAGCAUCAGAAGACAGUGAUCACUCAAACAGAGCUCCAGACAGUGAAAAUGACAUGCCUGCACGUUUGACUCGUCGCUCAGCAGCAGGAUUUAAAAAGAAAGGCCACCCGAUCUUUCACGCAAAAGUGAGGAAACGUAAAGACAUACCUGUAUCGGGAUCCGAUUCAGAAAGUGAGCACCAUUCAUCACGAAGUCCACCAGAGAAGAAGAGAAAGGGUAGUCAAGGCAAGCAGUCUUAUGAAGCCAUCCAAAAUGGAGAUAGUGAUGUGGGGAAGACAGACUAUAAGAACUGGUCAUAUCUAGAAAAGCGUCCCACACCAAAAACAGACUACAAUGAGACAUCUGCGCAUUGUCCCUUACCAGGAUGUGAUUCAAAGGGUCAUCUGAGCGGGCGGCAUGAAUCACAUCGUACUUUGACAGCAUGUCCAUUGUACCAUAAUACAACCGCUGAAGAAUGCAAGAGGAGGUAUGAAUCUCGGCUAAAAGCAGUCGAAGAGAAAAAGAAAGUUGUUGCAGAAAUAAGUGAUAGAAGAGGAUUGCGACAUCAGAUUUUAAGUGAAGAUCAAAAACAUAAGCUUGAAAAGAUACGUGCAGAACGACAUAAAAAGGCUGACUUCACUCCAGAAAUUCGAGAGAAACACAGCAAACACCGUGAAACUUAUCAGAUGACACGACAGCCACUGCUGGAUGGACUUGCUUCAAACUAUGACAUGGAACUUUUCAAAGAGGCACAGGCUAGGGCGUGUGAACUGUUGGAACAUCAGAUGACACAGCAUUACCAAAAAGCAGACCUUCAGGAAUACCGCAUCAAAAAGAUGGAGAUUGGACGGUUUGAGAUUGGCACAUGGUAUUCAUCUCCUUAUCCGGAAGAGUAUGCUCGUCUUCCCAAGAUCUACCUCUGUGAGUUCUGCCUGAAGUACAUGAAAACUGCAACAAUUCUUCGAAGACACAUGGCCAAAUGUGUAUGGCGUCAUCCUCCUGGAGAUGAGAUAUAUAGAAAGAGCACCAUAUCAGUCUUUGAAGUGGAUGGAAAGAAGAAUAAGGUUUACUGUCAAAACCUUUGUCUUUUGGCAAAGCUCUUCCUUGAUCAUAAAACACUCUACUUUGAUGUUGAACCUUUCCUCUUCUACGUCAUGACAGAGAAUGAUAGUUCAGGUUGCCGAUAUUUUUUUAUUCACUUGCAGGAAAAGAACUCCUUCCUGAACUACAAUGUGUCAUGUCUUCUGACUCUACCUCAGUACAUGCGUCAGGGUUAUGGAAAGAUGCUUAUUGACUUUAGCUACCUUCUUAGCAAAGUUGAAGAAAAAGUUGGGUCACCAGAGCGCCCUCUGUCUGACCUGGGUCUUCUGUCAUACCGCAGUUAUUGGAAGGACGUCUUGCUGCGUUACCUUCACAAGUUUAAAGGGGUAGACAUCUGCAUCAAAGAUGUGAGUCAAGAAACAGCAAUUAAUGCUAAUGACAUUGUUAGCACUCUACAAGCUCUUGGUAUGCUAAAAUACUGGAAAGGCAAGCACUUAGUAUUGAAACGACAGGAUUUGAUAGAUGACUAUUUGGAGAAACAAGCCAAGAAAACUGAUGAAUUGUCCACAAAAGCUAUUGACCCAACCUGUCUUAAAUGGACACCACCUGCACAAAGGACUCCAUCCAGUUGAGGAGCAUAUGGUGGAAUUGGUGGUGAAAAAGAUUUCGUUGAUGAGUUUUAUGAAAGGCCUGAGAAAAAUGAAAGGCAUUGGAGGUAGCAGAGUCUUUGUGAACACUGUUUGCCUGGUGGAAUGUAGGAUGUGAUAUUGAGGCAAAGCUAUGAGAUGGCUACCAUAGGAGAGAGGAGGAAGAAGAGAUCAUGCAUACGUGUUCAAGUAUGCAUGUGCAAAAGCAGUUUGGGAUUGUUUCAUCUGUAUCAUAAGAGAAUGUAUGGUGAGUGUGUGAGUAUGUAUCAUGUUAUCAUGCUUCCAUCUUCUCCAAAGUAAAUCAAUCCUCCCCUCCCCAAUCCCCACCCUCCAUGUCCCCCUUCCCAAAUAAGAGGUGGAGAAGAAACCUUUCAUAUUGUUUCUAUACUUCUUGUAAUUCAUAUGUGACAGGUCUGUCAGAUCCACAUUAAGGAGUUUUUAAAAAAUGCGAUGGUAAAAUGAAAACAAAUUUGGCCUUGUGGCAAUAUUCGUGGGUCACAUCAUGGCAUCCUGUACCUUAAUGGAUUUCACGUAUGUGCUCAUUGCCUCACUAAACAGUCCAGCUGAAAACAUUACAAAAAUGACAUAUCAGUCUCAUCAUUGCGGUCAUCUCAUAGACAGCAGCAGCUGAUUCAUUCUUAUCUUUGGCAGCAGAGUUAAGAAACAGAGGGGGGAGGGUUAUCCCCUGGGUGUUGUAUUGUUUCUUCCUAUGUUUGAGUUCAAGUUAUAAGUGUGUGAAUAGACAUUAUUUUAUAAAACAUCAAAAAUGGUGCACAGAACGAGGUUGAUGGUGCAGUGAUGUGACUGACACUAAAAAGAGACUGGUUUUGUUUUUCAUCUUAAAAAAAUCCAUACAUACCCUAACCCUGGUUAAGCCUUUGAUUUGUGCAGAGCUCAGGUUUUGUAAUGCUUGACUGAAGGUCAGAAUAUUUGGAAAUAAGUGUGAGUGUGGGUACAAUGAUGAACAGUUAUAAUGCUGCAACAUUUGGCAGUAAGCGUCAUAACUAUGUUUGUGAUCUGCAGAAAUGGAUUUAAUCUUGAAGAUACAUUCAUGCAGCCUACAUAUGAGUGUUUUAAAAUAUUUUGAAAACAUUAGUUCAUUUGUUAUAGUUAUGGUACAACAGAAAAAAAACUAAAGUUAGCUUGUUCUUCUGCAUGUUAUUUCUAGUUUUUUUCAUCUGUAGCUUAAUGUUUCAAAAUUGAGACAGCUUAAUAGUUCAGUUAAAAGUGGAUGUUCUAUUACAACUUUGUGUAAGAAUCUUUCUGUCUGAACAAAACAUUUUAUGCAGGCGAUGUAUGUGUGUAUGCAUGUGAAAUGUUUGCUUGAAUUUAUGUUUACAUGAUACAUAUAAACUGGAUGUGUGCAUCUCUAAGCUGUUGAUGAAAUUGGUGUGUGCUUUUGUUAUGGCAGCAUUACUGUUUUUUCAUGGGACAGAUCCUUAGACUUUUUUUGGUAGGGGUAUCGUUUGUGUAUCCUGACAUCUUCGAGGAUCACUAAUAUCAGGUUUCCAUCUAAGUUGAACUUCUUGAAGCUGAUUAUGUCUCUCUUUCCUCUCUGUGUGCAUGCAAGUCAUGCAUUAAAGGCAAAAUUAAGACCAAGUACAUAACAGGCAGAAUGGAGAAUAUAGGCAGAGUGAUAAAGAUCUUAAUAUUAUAAGUGGCAGAAGGUAAUAGACGGCAUCUUGUCAUGGAAUUGAAACAAGAAGGCUAUGUCAUGUCAUGUAUUGUGAACGUAGCUGAAGUUUUUUUUAAACAGCUCAUUUCAUCUAAAAGAAAUUUAAAAACUAAAAAAAAUCACAUAAAUUUUAUUGAGUUCUCUCUGGAGUGGUACUUUCAAGCAGUGUGGUUUUUUGUUGUUUUUUUUUUUUUUCCAAAUACACAAUUUCUAUUUAUGGAAGGAAGUAUCUGUGCGCAUAUGAGAACAGAUGUGUAAAUGAAGAUAAAAAUGCAGCACAAUUUUUUUUUUUAAGAACUGAAUGAAGUGCAAAUAUGCGUUGGUGAGUUUCAUUGUCUCAA